GCCUGUGAAGAAGUUUAAUCGUAGCGGACGUUAAGAUGGUGGAACCAAUUUUUGAUUAUCAGUUCCGUCUGAUACUCAUCGGCGACAGUACAGUCGGGAAAAGUUCGUUGCUGAAGUAUUUCACUGAUGGGAAGUUCGCAGAGCUUUCGGAUCCAACCGUUGGGGUAGAUUUUUUUGCCCGGUUAAUCACAGUUAAAGAUGGGACAAGAAUAAAAUUACAAUUAUGGGAUACAGCUGGCCAAGAAAGAUUUAGGUCAAUUACAAAGUCUUACUAUAGAAACUCUGUUGGAGCACUGCUUGUCUAUGAUGUCUGCAACAGAGCCAGUUUCGAGCACAUUCCUCAAUGGAUGAUGGAAGCUCGUAGACAUAUUGAACCACACCGCCCUGUAUUUGCAUUAGUAGGGUGUAAAUUAGAUUUGGUUACCAAUGGGGGCAGGCGAGAAGUUUCAAAAGAAGAAGCUAGAGCCUUUGCCGAUCAGCAUGGAGUACAUCACAUUGAAACCAGUGCAAAGACUGGAGUUAAUGUUGAGGAUGCAUUUCGAACAGUCACACAAGAAGUUUAUAAUAGAAUACAAACUGGGGAAUACAAGGUAGAAGAUGGUUGGGAUGGUAUCAAAACUGGAUUUGCUAGACCCGGUGGUUUAGAUUUUAAUUUAGUUGAAGCAGAACCAGCAAAAACCUCUUGCUGUUAAGUCAAUGUUUAAUUUGUUGAAAAGGACGCUUUCUAGAAUGCAGUGGAUUUUAUUUACGUACAUCAAUUAAAUUCCUCCAAUGAAAAUACACUGAGAUUUUUAUAAUAUUAGUUUCAAUUGAUAAACAAACUAAGAAUUAUUUUAAUCUAAUAAAAUUGCAUUCCAUUGCAUUCUUGUUUUAGGGAAAAGACUAACGAUGAAUAUAUACUAUGUAUAAGUCUCGACUAGACAGUUUUGUACAUAGCUUGUAUAAAAAAAUCAAUAUAUAUCAUUGAAACAUAUAGGCAAUGAUCUAGGAGUGUUUUCUAUCUCAUUUAAAGGACAAAAUACAUAAGCGCAAAAAAAGUUUGUUUAUAGUAUAAAUUUAGCUAAAGUGUUUUUACGUAUUUUGUCAUACAAAAACUGUUCUGUUACACGGAGAAAAUAACGGCUGUGCUUCUUUGUCAAAAGCAUUAAUUGUGUAACAAAAAUACGGAAAAAUAUCAGAAAAUUUCCUGAAAAAAGAUAUAUAAAUCUUCAUUUAUAACAUAAGAUAUUUAUUUACACUAGAUCAAAUUUAAAACGAAAUUUUCAAUAUAAAAAUGAAAUUGCAAAUUAUAUAUUGUACAUAUAUAAAUUAUUAAUGAAACGCUUAUACUACACGUGUUGAUUUAUCAUUUCUUAAACACUAGCAACUUUUUGUUUUUAAUGCCACAGUUUGUGAUAAUGUUAUGUAUACACAGAGAGCCAAAUUAAUAAAUACUUCACUAUUGUUCAUAUAUAGUUAAAAGCAAACAGGAUAAUAAAUCGUUACUUAUUAAAACAUUUUUAACUACAGAAACAAUAUGAAAUGAACAAUGAUAUUUGUGUUCUGAUUUUAGAAAAUUGAUCAGAAAUUGAUUCUGUACAUACUACAUCACAUGUUUAUGUGAGAAUCUUGUUCAAACAUCUUGUUGUGAAAUAUUAUAUUAGCUAGUAUAUCUUAAUUUACCUUAAUAUGAACCGAUAAGCAAUUGCUUUAUUAUAUUUUUAUCAUAAGAUGUAUUAUAAAGGUGCCAGAUGAGUAUGAGGCAAAAAAAGUUUUUUAUAAUGUAGUCUAAUAUAUUUCUAAUAUAAACAUUUUUUACCAGGUUGUAUGUUUUACACUUUUUCAUAUCUAUCUUUAAAAACAGAACACCAAAAUUUCCUUACUUCGAGAAUAUAAUUGAAGAACAAAAACAUUUGCAUAUUUUUAAGACAGAAACAAAUUAAUGAGGGUAAAUUCGAGUACAUAAAUGUUAUUUAUAAGACUUGUGUAUCUCUGUGCGAGUUUAAUUGACUAGGAAGAAAAUAUUUAUUUACAUACAAUAACAUUAUUGUAUGCAAUGUAUAAUACUUUUCAGGACAAACAAUGCACUGAGUCUGCAUUUGUAUAAAUAAAGAGCAUAAAUACAGCAUGAAUAGAAUUCAUUUAUGAAGUUUUAUACUCAUUAACUGUGGCAUAAAGCGAAAAUACGUAGAUACUUAAAAAAAAAAUGAACAAAUAUUAUAUAACUUGUCAUCAACCUUGUAUAGUUCUCUAUACAGGAUAUUUAUCUUUUAGCUAGGAAAUAGUAAUGAAAUACGUGUGCAGUGUUGCAAAAUACUGAUUAACAAAAUGAGUUGUUAUAUUUAUAAGGAAUGUAAAUUUUUUAUAUUAAUAUUAUCCAAAGUUGUAACAAGUUCCUUUACGUUUUUUUAACAAUUUCAUGUAAAUAUAAAUUGUCAAUUUUACUUUGAAGUUGUAAAUUGUUACAAAUCUGUGUGCUACAUUGUUUUAAACGCGCGUGGGCUCGAAUACAUCGUGAAAUAUAUAAAUUCCAACCAUUUUCUCAUAAAAUGUAUAAAUUUAUGGGUAAUUUGAAAUUUGUUUAGGUACAUAAAUCUUUGUACACUACACAUUUAUAUAUAAUCAUGUUGAAAAAUAAACAAUAUAUCAUAGAAUUCUA